AUGCAGAACGAGCUGAAGGUUUUCCUCAAGUGGUACCUCAACUUCGGGGUCUACAAGCUCAGGAAGGGCAAGUUCAAAUACGGCGUCCUUCAGCUGGACUACCUCCACGGCCGGGUCGGCGCGUACCUGCACAUGCCAUUCGAAAUACUGGACAAGGUCACCUUGUCAGAACAGGACUCGCGCUGCUUUCACAUUCACCUUCAUGACCUCACCCCGGUGGUGCUGUACAGCCAGCAGGAGGAGGACCGACCCACGAUUGUCAACGAGCUGCGACAAAUCAUCAACAACACCGAGUUCCUCAAGGGCAGCACCGAGCCGCCAAAACUGAACGACUACGCGGAGAUCAUCCGGUUGGGCGAGGUGGAAAAAAAGGGUCCAGUCAAGUGGGUCACGCGAACGCUCGUCCUCACCGACAACCAGCUCCUGUGCAUGCGGGAUACAUCGCGAGACGCGUUUCCGGUCAACGUGAUCGACAUUUGCGACAUUUUGGCUGUUGAGCGCGAGAAGGACGCCACGUUCAAGGUCGUGACCGAGCUUCGCACCUUCCAGUUCAAGGCCUCGUCCACUCCGAAACGAGAAAAGUGGGUCACCAAGCUUACGGCGACCGUCGAACUGCAGAGCGAACUGAGGGAGAGGGCGCUCGAGGAAAAGAAAAAGAAGCAGCGGAAACAGAAGCACGACGCUACCACGCCAUCGGAGCUCAUGCUCCCCUCAGGCAUCCCGCUGCUCGGUCGAUACGAGGUCCAUUUUGCAGACUUGCACACACUGUUCGGCCAGAACGUGCAGAAGCCGGACAACAAAAUCAUCAACCUGAAGGUCUACUACGACAUCAAGUAUGCCGCAGCUCGCAACCAAAUUUCGAUCGUGAGCGUGGCCACCGGCGCACUGGCCGUCGACACCGCCGGAGACUCAGUCAUGCACGCUGCAACGGGACUGCAGCAGGGCGAGGGCGUGAACGGUGCCGGGGAGAGCGAGGACGAGGCCGGCCAGCCCACCGGGGAGGACUUCCGCAAGAAGAAGAGCAAGAAGCUGCGCAUGCGAACCAAGCUGAUCAAGUCAAGUCCCGACCUCAACUCGUCGCUCGGCAGCUCCGAUUCCAAGCGACGGUUCCUGCGCAAGGGCAGCGAGAAGAAGUUCCGCAAAGGCAGCAAGUUCCCCUCGCACUCGGACAUCGUCUUGCCCGUCACGCGCGAUGUGGUGAGUGCGCGCGAAGAGCGAGAUGAGGUGGAGCCGCGGGUCAUCAACGAUAAGCGGAGCUGGGGCCUCGAACGCAAGACGUCGGUCGUCGGUCUCCCCCGCUUCAACUCGGAGUCGCCGCUCGGCGCGCCGCGCAUGCUGUCGAACCAUCGGUCCGGCGGGUCGGCGAUCACUGCGAUGUCGGCGUCCGUGCCCCACCCGGCCCCGCUUCAGGGCGGCGGCCGCCCCACAUCUCCGCCACCGCUGCCAGCCCGGCCCGGCCCCGCCUUGCCGCCGCGACCACCGCGUUCGCCCCGAUUCCUCCCACAGCCGCCCGCCGCCGCCGGCGCCGCUGGUGGUGGUGCUAGUGGUGUUGCUGCUGACGUCAGCAGUGUCGGCAGCGGCGAGCAAAAGCCGUCGACAACGACGUCGUGGGCCAAGUACCGAUUCGGGGAGGGCCUCAACAACGACGCGGCCAACAAGCGGCGCAGCCGCACGUUCCACUACACGGCCCUGGCGACGAUGCCUGCCACCACCGACGCCGCCGCUGGCGCGACGACGAAGAUCGGAAUCGGCGGCGGGCGUCAGCGCACGACCGAACAGGCGGAGAGCGGCCACCAGCGAAGUGAGGCGGCCUCGAGCGCGACGACGACCGAGGACGAGCUCAGCAGCCACGAUGAUGAAGAGGACGAUGACGAAGAAGACAGCGACAGCAGCGACGAGGACGGGGAGAUCGAGGCGGAGGUCGAGCUGGACGACGAGGACGAUGAUGACGAGGACUCGGACGACGAUGACGACGGCUGGACCGGGGGAAGCGGAGGGUCCGGAAGCGAAGGUGGCGGCGGCAAGGGUCCAUCGACCCCCUCGCCGUCUUCGUGGCGCCGCGGCGCACGUCGCCGUUCUCUGGACGUCAUGGGUGGUAGCGGGGAGUACAACCGAGUCUCCGUGUUCGGCAAGAGCCUGGGCAUGAAAGACAUCUGCAUCCUCCAAACAGGAGGAAUUUUUACCAAGUACUGCCGCAACACGAAGGGCACCAAGAAUUUCAAGGGCGCGCGCCGACAGCGGUCGGUCUGUCUGAGCGAGGACCUCACCUCCAUCCUCGUCUACCGCCACCUCGACCGAUCGCUCAAGGCCAAGAAGGACUGUCGCUCCAUCGGCCUCUCGCAGGUGGUGGACAUCUGCAAGGGCUUCAAGACGCCGAUUCUCAUGCGCCACGGCCGGCCCGGCGAGGAGGGGCUGGCCCUGUCCAUCUACUACACCAAGCCGUACUCGGGCGAUCGUACGCUGGACCUGGUGGCCGCCACGCCGGACCAUCUGCUGGCCUCACGACGAGACAGGGCCUGA